AUGCCUCCCAACUCUUCCUAUCGUCCCGCGGAGCCGCCAGAUUCGCCGAAUGAUUCCGAUUCAGACCUCGACCUCGACAUUCAGGAGCUCGACCCUGCCACCACGUCCCAACGCGGCCCCGCCCAAGCCAGACACGCCCGCGACACGGGAGAAUCGCGCUCACCGAGGAUAGCCCUUCGCAACCUCCGCAUGGGUGGCCUGCGACGUGGGAACAGGAGUAGGGGGUACGGCGAGCUCGGCCAGGACAGAGAUGGCGCCGCCGACGAUUCCCAGUCUCUGCUGGGCGGUGGCCACAGGCGGUCCACUUCACAGUCCGCCGACGGCAGUCGAGCCUCCGGUGACGAUGCGCCUCUGCUGUCGGGACGGUCCCAGCCGCGAUCUCGGCGUCGCUCCUCGGCGCAAGAAGGCCUGGGACGCCUGGCUGCCCUCGGUUCCAGUCUGAAACUCGCGAGCUUCAUGGGCGGCAGUGCAGGCCCUGGCUCGGUCAAGGACGAUUCUGGAGAAGCAGAGGAGGAGGACGACCCUUCCGCGGCGCGACACAUUGCCGUGGGGUCGUUACAAUCGACCAAAUUCCCGCCGAAUCUGAUAUCAAACGCCAAAUACACGGCCCUCUCGUUUCUCCCCGUCACGCUAUACAACGAAUUCUCCUUCUUCUUCAACAUGUACUUCUUGCUGGUCGCCCUGUCCCAGGCCAUUCCGGCGCUGCGAAUCGGCUACCUGACAACCUACGUGGCGCCCCUGGCCUUUGUUCUGAUGAUCACCAUGGGAAAGGAGGCGUACGACGACAUCGAGCGCAGGCGGCGAGACAAUGAGGCCAACGCCGAGGCAUACACUGUCCUCCGCUUUGACGAGCCGGGCCGGGCCUUGGCUUCCGAGCUGCGCCCUCACAAGAGGCUCAAGUCAGAGUCGACCAAGAGGCGGGGGAAGAAGCUGGUCAAGACGGCCGACAGGCUCUCAGACAUUCGUGAAGAGGAAGAGCGCAUGGAGGGCGAUGGCCCACGAACGGGGCCGACGUCAUCGGUAUACGAAAUGCCCUGUAAAUCACGCGAUCUCAAGGUCGGUGAUGUCUUGAAGCUGAGCAAGGGACAGCGGGUUCCCGCCGACGUUGUCAUUCUCAAAUGCAUCACCGCAGAGUCCGCCCAGGUCGAGGAAGAGGAGGCCCCCGUAGAGGAAGAAUCGCUGCUGGUGGAUGCCUUGGACGACGCGGCACCAGCAGCGUCUAGCAAAGGCAAAGACGUGGAGAACAAGGCCGAAGAUGCCAGCGGCUCCAACGGUGAGACUUUCAUCCGAACGGAUCAGUUGGACGGAGAGACAGACUGGAAGCUGCGCCUGUCUUCCCCUUUGACCCAAAACCUCCCGACGGAGGAGCUAGUUCGACUGCGAGUGACUGGUGGUAAGCCUGACCGCAAGGUCAACGAGUUUAUGGGUGCGCUCCAGCUGUUGCCGACAAGGGAGGACGCUCAGAGCACGUCUGCCGACCAUGGCUUUGGCGCGGACGCGGGGACCACGGCACCCUUGUCCAUCGACAAUACGGCUUGGGCCAACACAGUGAUUGCGUCCCAGGCAACAACGCUGGCCGUCAUCAUGUAUACGGGCACGCAAACAAGGUCGGCUCUCUCCACGGCACCAUCAAGGUCCAAGACGGGACUGCUUGAGAAUGAGAUCAACUCGUUGACCAAGAUUCUGUGCGCCCUCACUCUGGCGCUGUCGGUGAUUCUGGUUGCUCUUUUGGGUUUCGAAAAUACAGAAGACAACCGCUGGUACAUCAAGAUCAUGAGAUACCUGGUUCUUUUCUCGACCAUUGUGCCCAUCAGCUUGCGCGUCAACCUCGACAUGGGCAAGAGUGCGUACUCCUGGUUCAUCCAUCGCGAUUCCGGCAUACCGGGGACAGUGGUGCGCACCAGCACGAUACCAGAAGACUUGGGUCGCAUUGAGUAUCUGCUCAGCGACAAGACGGGCACGCUGACGCAGAAUGAGAUGGAGAUGAAGAAAAUCCACGUCGGGACCGUGUCGUACGCCAACGAAGCCAUGGACGAAGUUGUUGCCUACGUCAAGCAAGGUUUCCACAUUCAAUCAACAGUGGAUCCGGCCUCUCAGAAGAUGCUCAUCACCCCUUCGUCAACUUUUGCGAGUACCGCCAACGUGGGCACCACCCGCACACGGCGAGAGAUUGGUUCUCGCGUGAGGGACGUCGUGCUCGCGCUGGCGCUCUGCCACAACGUCACCCCCACAACGGAGGAGGAAGAUGGCAAGACGAUCACAUCGUACCAGGCCUCUUCGCCCGACGAGAUUGCCAUUGUGCGCUGGACAGAGUCAGUUGGGCUUCGUCUUGUCCAUCGCGAUCGCACCGGUAUGAUCCUGGAGUACGCAGAAACAGGACGCCCCACGGUCCAGGUGCGCAUCCUCGACGUGUUUCCGUUUACCUCCGAGGGCAAGCGCAUGGGUAUCAUCGUGCAAUUUUACGAGACGAAACAGUCGAGCCCUCCCGACCUGAGCAGCGGGGAGAUUUGGUUCUACCAAAAGGGCGCCGAUACCGUCAUGACGUCUAUUGUGGCGGAGAAUGACUGGCUCGACGAAGAGACGGCCAACAUGGCCCGCGAAGGCCUGCGUACGCUGGUUGUUGGCCGGCGACGCCUGUCCUAUGAGCAGUACCGAGAGUUUUCAAGAAGCCACCAGGAAGCCGCGCUCGCCAUCACGGGCCGUGACGCCAACAUGCAAAAGGUUGUGUCGCAGUACCUCGAGCGGGACCUCGAGUUGCUCGGCGUCACCGGUGUCGAGGACAAGCUGCAGAAGGAUGUCAAGCCGUCUCUCGAGCUGCUCCGGAACGCGGGCGUCAAGAUUUGGAUGCUCACGGGCGACAAGGUGGAGACGGCACGCUGUGUGGCCGUCAGCUCGCGCCUCGUGGCCAGGGGUCAGUACAUUUACACCGUGUCCAAGCUCAAGCGGAAGGACAACGCACAGGACCAUCUGGAUUUCCUUCGCAGCAAGACGGACGCGUGUCUGUUGGUCGACGGCGAGAGUCUGCUGCUGUUCCUGACGCAUUUCCGCAUCGAGUUCAUCUCGGUAGCGGUCCAGCUCCCGACCGUCGUGGCGUGCCGAUGCUCUCCGACGCAAAAGGCCGAGAUUGCGACGCUCAUCAAGGAGUACACCAAGAAGCGCGUCUGCUGCAUCGGAGACGGCGGCAACGACGUCUCCAUGAUCCAGGCAGCCGACGUGGGUGUCGGCAUCGUCGGCAAGGAGGGCCGGCAGGCGAGUCUGGCGGCCGACUUUUCCAUUGAGCAGUUCCACUACCUCACCAAGCUGCUGGUCUGGCACGGCCGGAACAGCUAUAAGCGGAGUGCAAAGCUGGCGCAGUUUGUCAUCCACCGCGGCCUCAUCAUUGCGGUGUGCCAGACCAUGUACAGCAUCGCCAUCAAGUUUGAGCCACAGGGUCUCUACAAGGACUGGCUUCUCGUGGGUUACGCCACAGUGUACACGGCGUUCCCCGUGUUGUCGCUGGUGCUGGACAAGGACGUGGACGAGAACCUGGCCAACCUCUACCCAGAGCUCUACAAGGAGCUGACGUCGGGCCGCUCCCUCUCGUACCGCACGUUCCUCAUCUGGGUCCUCGUGUCGGUGUACCAAGGCUGUGUCAUUCAGGGUCUUUCGCAGAUCCUGACCGAGGUCCACGGGCCGAGGAUGGUCGCCGUUUCGUACACGGUGCUGGUGCUCAACGAGCUGCUCAUGGUGGCCAUGGAGAUCACGACGUGGCACCCCGUCAUGAUUGUGUCGAUUGUCGGGACAUUUAUGAUGUUUGCCGCGUCAAUACCGUUCCUGGGCGACUACUUUGAGCUGGAGUUCCUGCUCACCCUUGGGUUCUACUGGCGCGUCCUCGCCAUCGGGGCCAUAUCGCUCAUCCCUCCGUACGCGGCCAAGUUGAUCGGGCGCGCGCUGAAGCCGCCAUCGUACAGGAAGGUACAGAGCACAUGA